AUGAAGAAGCCAUUCAGCGUUGGCUUCACCAUUCACGAAGCCCUGAAUCUUGUCAGGGAAAAGGGCAAACCCAUAGACCCUCUGGUUGUCGUGCGUUGUUGCGGCCGGGAGUAUCGUUCAGACAUAAAGCUUUCAAAGGCCAACGUCGUAUCAUGGGACGAGUCGCAUACGUGGACUGACUUAGAGCUGAGCAGCGAUGAGUGGGAGAGAUCCUUCAUAGAGUUCGAAGUUCAAGCUGCAAACGCAUUCUGGAGGAAUACCACCGUUGGAAUUGUCGCGUUGCAGCUAUCUCUCAUUCAGAAACGGAAAACCCACCAGCUUAAAAAGUCGCUACCCUUGCAAAGCCCCGAUGGAGGUGACUUACAUGGAUCCCUCAGGGUUACAGUAUUUGCCUGCGGCCCUGGUGAAUCGCCUCCUAGCCCUGGAGAGGAGCUGGAAGAUACAGACGACGAAGACCAUGGAUUUUUGGACGACCUUAGAAAUGUUGUUAUCGACAGCAGCCAGGAUCAAAUUCGGGCGGAAGGCACUCGGCCAUUUAAUGUGUACGUAACAGUUCAUCGUUUGGAAGAUCUGCCACAAGCAUCGAAGGGAUUGAGAGACCCAUUUGUUGUAUGCGAAUUCGCUGGCUGUCGUGUGAGGACGGCACAAGCGCGUGCAACGUGUUCUUACACAUUUAAUGAAUGCUUUCGCAUUCCUGUGAUGACUCCGGUAACUGAAGAUACUAUUUUGAUCAAAAUAUGGGACUGGAAUUUCAUGAGCGCUGAUGAAUUGCUGGCGGUGGGGCGCAUAUCAUUCUCUGAGUUGCGAACUCGCCAUAUUCUCCCCCGGUGGUUUAACUUUUACGGGUUUGACGUUGGAGAAAUUCCCAAUUUCUCCGAGAUUAUUGCAGAAAGUGGCAAGAUUACACCAUGCACUUACAUGGGGCGCUUACUUCUGAGUGCCCGAGCAGAGCGGCUUAGCAAGGAUGCUGAGCUCCUGGCAGCGCAUUCCAUUGCAGCUGCUCCAUUUGAAGAGCCCCGCGUGACUCCGAUUUUGCUCUUUGCGGACGUAUACGAGGUUCAAGGUGCACCUGGUGACAAGGUAUACGUGGAAGCAUCUUUAGGCCCCGCCAAGGAGAGAACUAGAUGGGUAGCAAGUGAAUCCCUAAAGCGGAGGGAGCGCGAAUUGGGGGAUGCCCCUUCUGCAGUAGCUGCUGCUCUGGAGGGUGCAAAGGGCAUGGCCAACUACUUUUUGGGAGCUACCCCUGAGGGUCAAGAUCAUUUUAUAUUUACCCCCGUGGACGGCCGUAUUCCAGAGUUGCGUUUGAGCGUACCUGAGGAAGAGAAACAACAGUGGGAUGUUAUUAUUAAUGUUUAUGCCAAGGGGAUAACCAAAAACUUACCGCAUGCAACGCGCGUUGCCUACCAGCGAAUGCCACUGGCCAAGGUCCCUAUUUACAUGCAGAACAACCCACGGGCACCCACUUGGGUUCCGUUGCAUCCCAUGCCACAUCUUUCCGGCCAUCGGGUUCCUUCUGCUGUACUGAUGACGCUGGAGAAGGCAAAGACGGAAGCGGCUGCACGGACAAAGCGCAAAUAUAUCGUCGCUGCUGAGUACUUAUUACGAACCUACAUUUAUACAGCACGCCGAAUAUCUUCGCCUAGUGGAGCCCUCCCGAACCCAUUGAUCCAGGUAACCUGCGCGGGUGUUACCAAAGAAACGGAACCAUGUGAAGCGACUUCCAAUCCCGUCUUCAUGGAGUGUGUUCAGCUGGAAUUGAGGUUAAUGACUGAUACAGCUACACGACUUCCAACGUUUGCUCCCAUCGUCACCAGUGUAUUCGACGACCGCUCUUGGGGUCGGCAGCUUCUUGGGAGGGCUGUUUGUCACUAUGAUCGUUUGAGAGGAAAAUUAAAGACCGGAGAGGUUCCUUCUGUUGCUGAGCCACGGUGGAUUAAACUCAAAGGGGGAAAGCGGAUGAACAAGCAUCGCGGGGAUAUCCUAGUCUGCUUCGAGCUUAUAAGGAAGAAGGAUGCCGAGAUAUUGCCAGCGUACCCGAUGCGGCCUAUCGUGAAUAUGUGCAAACUCAGCAUUUCCUGCGUGAACCUGCGCGAUUUGCUACUAACUCCGAAAGGUCGUCCAAUAGAUUUUGAAAAGUUAGUCAAAGACGAGUUUGAAGGCCUAAGACGCAUCAGAAACCCCAUCGUGUUGAUAUCGGUCCCAUCGUUUGGGUCCGUAGGACGUGACAGAACGGUGGCGACUAUACAGUAUGAGCGCAAUGCUGGUGGAGACCCCAGCACUCCCAAUCGGAGGUGGUCUAAUGGGCCAUACGAAAGCUUUGACAUCUUCAAGGCGGUGUCGCUCGACGUAGAUAUUCCCGAAGAUCCUAUUUUCGAUCCUACCCUCACUAUUCAGGUAUACGAUCGAAAGGCGAAGCCAAAGUACUUCAUCGGGCAAUAUACCCUGCACCUAAUUCCACUGAUUCCAUGGGUAACCGAUGUUCCUACAGCCCUGGAAGAUAUUCAGCCUGCGAAGGAUUAUGAGGACUCAAUUGACCUGAAAAAGAUAGGGGGGAUCAUGCGUGGCAGCAAGGCGAAAAACAAAAAGGAAUUUAGCACAAUGAAUGUGGUUCUAGACGCUGUUAGUACAGCCGAUCGAGAAACUGCUGAGGCAAACCAGUCCCGCUAUCUACAUCAUGUAGGAGUUUUGAAGCAUGAACAAGCAGCAGAGGGGGUUUCAUCACUUUGGCUCAAUCCAGACUCCUUACCAAAGAUACUGGUGCAGUCAUACGCCCUUCCUUCUGACCGGCCAGUACUCCUGGUGACCAGUAUGUUCACCUUGAAUGUAUUUAUUCCUGCCAAGUUUGUCUUGUGUGCCGAGGGCAAGCGAGCAGCAGAGAAGAAAACAAAGGAACAAUUUCAGAGGCCGUCUGUUGAAUCGACAGUUGAAAACUACCUAGCCGAUGUUGAUUUCGCACCUGAUCCCCUUAAGAAGAGGGCCAUGGGAGAAACACAACAUACUGGUUCUGUGAAAUUUUUUGUCAAUCUUACGCACAACGAAGAACCUUCAAUGCACGUUGACCAGACAGUUGUCCCAUGGGCGCUUAACGAGUCGCGCCUUCGGAGGCACUUCAGAGGGGAAGAAGCUUAUCCCAAAACACUCAAGAUCCGCGUGUAUGUCAUCCGAGCGAUCAACGUCCAUCUUCUUAAAGGGAUGACCGUUGCGAACCCGUACCUGGUGUUUUCUGUCGGAAAGACAAAGAUGCCUUUUCGUGCGGAAAACAAACCUACAAGUCUAAACCCCGACUUUUUUACCAUGUGGGAAAGGGAUAUAUCAUUCCCUGAGGAAUCACGCUUGGAGAUAAGCGUAUGGAGUGCCCAUGAGAAGCUGAUGCAGCAGGUGGACGAUGUCUUCUUAGGAAGCACUGUGAUCGACUUGGAGGAGCGUUGGUUCUCCAAAGAAUGGCAAGGCUUCAUGCAUAAGAAUGAAGUACCCAUGGAGUAUAGGCCGCUUAGAAGGCGACCGAAUGGCGGUAUUACUGGCAGCCUUGAGAUGUGGGUGGAGAUGAUGGACUCACAAAAGGCGGGCAAAGUUCCUCGGUUUAACCUUCAAAAACCUUCAGCCACUGACAUUGAAAUCCGAGUUGUUCUCUGGGGGUGCCGAGGCCUGCACUUCAAGCAUUUGGGAUCGAGCAAGGAAUCAGUCGAUGCCAUCUUACGGUGCACACUGGAUUGCACCAGGUACCACGGGCCCCAGCAAUUGCAGCAGAGCACGGACGUUCACUAUUACUCGAAGACUGGAGCUGCAGUUUUCAAUUGGCGCGUCGUUUACUCGGGAGUAGCGGCGCCAGUUAAUUCUUGCAUAAUCCAGAUUUCCGCCUACGACUUCCGCAAUAUCGGAGAAUUACCCUUUAUUGGGGAGGUAAAUCUAGAAGUGCGAAAAUACCUGGGGAAAGUUGCUCAAACAAUGGCGUCGAUUGAGCUUGACGCGGAACUGAGGUUACAGAACCGUGCUCAUGAGAGCGUGGAUGUAACGACGUUUGGCUACGUACAAGUGACUCUGCAGUUUAUGGCUCAAUCAGAGGCAACGAGCAGGCCAGUGGGUUUGGGGCGCGAACAUCCGAACCGUGACCCCCGUCUUACAACGCCACAAGAGGGAAGGAAAUGGGAAGACUUGCUUGGCUCUGCAGGGCUUCGUGUAGAUUACCGACCAAUAUGGUAUUGGGUUCGUGUGGUUUUUAUCAUUUUUCUGACGCUCUGGGUCUUCGUGAUGGCAUUCUUAUACCCUGCUCUCUUCCUGUGA